AUGGACGCAGCAAGAGCAGCAGUUAGCAAGAUCACGAGCCACGGUGGUGAGAGGACCGACGUUGACGAGGUCGUCCGACCUGUCGUCACCGAGGAAGUUGUCAAGCCUCAUCGUCAUGAAGAGACAACCGAAGCGGUCGACAAGGAGAUCCAUCAACACCACUACCACACCACAGUCCACCCUCUUGCCGACAAACAAGUCCUCCCUGAACAACACGUUCACAAUGUAGCUCCUCAAAUCGAACGAUCGUUUGAGCAUGGAAACCUCGAGCAAGAUCGUGCCCGGGCCGCUGCCGAAAUGGGUCAGUUCCAGAACACCUCAACCACCCUCGGCACUACACAGUCCACCCAAGCAGCACCUGCAGUUGUCGGCCAGCAUGUUCACCAUCACGUUCACGAGGUAGUACAGCCAGUUAUCCACCAGGAAACAAUUCAAAACGAAGUUGUUCACACCACUAUACCCAUUCAUGAGACACAUGUCGCACCUUCCGAGCACCAUGGCAUUUCCAUGCUGCCACUGAAAUCAAUGGACGAAUUUUCCAGGACAGGAACCGACCUCAAGAGUGGUCAACACGCCCAUGAGGAAUAUGAAGGACAUCCCAAGCCUUACAAUGAGUCGUUGCAGCUGGAACGUGCUCCCGUCGAUGUCCACCCGGAACAACACGAGGGCAGACAUGACCCUGACAAGACCGGUCAUCGUGAAUGGCUUCGAAGUCAUGAUGAUGGUUCUGGAUUCGCUGGCGAAUCUUACGGCAACUUUGCUGGCACAGCACCGGGCGCAUUCGAUCACUCAAGCACUACGAGCACUACAGGUGGUACUGGCUCUGGUAUUGGCAGUGGCAUUGGCAGUGGCACUCAUAUGUCUAGUAGCACAAGUGGUGCCAAUCCUCUUCAUCAGGGAGCCGAUGUACGACAUGGGUCUGGUGCUUUGGUCGGCGGAACCACUACGGGUGCGGCUUCUGGCCUAGGCAACGAGCUGUCUCAGAACACAAGCUCAAACCCAACUGGCAUAACCGGUUCUUCGCUGCCUGGCACGACCGGUACGACAGGUACAACUGGUGGUAUGAUGGACAGAAGCCACCCGCUGUCUGGAGAUACUGUUACAAGUGGUACAUCCACUAUUUCUUCACACAACACUUCGCGCGGUACGGAAGGUCUCGCAGCAGGCACUGCUGCUGGUCUAGGAUCAUCCUCACGCGACUCACCAGCUGUUCAACAAGGCUCCGAGAGACAAGGCACACGAGAGCCUUCUAACCUCGAGGGCGGAAGAGCUGGCGCCGAGUCAUCGCAACGCGACUUCAGUGAUAGCGACAAAGUCCAACACGCAUCCAGAAUUGGCAAGGAUCCCUCACUCACAGAGACCAACGAAGGCAGAGGCAGCAAACUAACAGGCACUGGUGUCGACGGCAGCCACUCCGCUGUCUUUGGACUAACUCCAGAUGGUCACGUUAACAAGGAUACUUCAAGCCAAACAACUAAGUUGAGCGAGCACAACCCAUCAUCAGCUGAUACCGGCGUUGGACCUAGUCCCAGCGACAAGAACAGAGGCGUGGAAGGCGUUGCUGGACAGAUGAACGACAUGCGCGUUGCUGAACCAGAGCAUUCUGGCAAGGCCGAAUACCAGCCAGGAUCUGACAACAAGCCAGGUAUGGGUGCAUAG